UUUCAGUACUAGUUAAAACUAAAGUUCACUGGUCAAUCUUCAAAUAAUUAGCAACUCUCUUCUCUACAAACACAGAAAAAACUGACCUUUUCCAACAAGGCAUAAGCUGUUUUUCUCCAACUCAAAUCAUCCCCUGGAAUAAUUGGAUCAGCUUUGCCCACCGGCAGACCUUUUGUCUUCUAUGAAUCAACAUGGAAAGGAAUCUUAAGAAUGUUUUGGUCAUUUCUUUCGGAUUUUUACUUCUCUUUACUGCUUACUCAGGACUCCAAAGUCUACAGAGCAGUCUCAACGCAGAAGAAGGCCUGGGCGUUGCUUCCCUAAGCGUUCUGUUUGCUGCGCUCACCUUAUCGUCCAUGUUCCUCCCUCCAGUCAUCAUCAAGAAGCUGGGCUGCAAGUGGACCAUUGCAGCCUCUAUGUGCUGCUAUGUCACCUACUCCUUAGGGAACUUCUAUGCUAGCUGGUACACACUAAUCCCUACCUCUGUGAUCCUGGGCUUAGGAGGAGCACCACUCUGGUCUGCCAAAUGCACAUACCUCACUAUUGCUGGCACUUUGUAUGCUGAGAAAGCAGGAAAAAAUGCAAAAGACAUUAUCAACCAAUACUUUGGGAUCUUCUUUCUGGUGUUUCAGACUUCCGGCGUCUGGGGAAAUCUUAUCUCAUCCUUGAUCCUUAGCCAAUCUUCCAACCAAGGGGAGAUCUCAGAAGAAGACCUGGAAUGCUGUGGAGCAUACGACUGCCUGACUGAUGCCACUAACAGCACUGGGUCAGAAAGACCCUCUGACUCCUUAAUCUAUACACUGGUGGGGGUCUAUACUGCUAGUGGUGUGCUAGCUGUGUUGCUGGUUAUUAUAUUUCUGGACCAGAUCAAAUCUGACCAAGCAGAGACUGAGAACAAAAAACUAGAGGCGUCAUCCUUUUGGUCUACGUUCCUGGCAACUUUCCGUCAUCUUAAAGAUAAAAGACAGUGUCUUCUAAUACCUCUGACAAUGUACAGUGGGUUUGAACAGGCAUUUCUUGCUGGUGACUACUCAAAGAGUUUUAUGACCUGUGCCCUGGGGAUACACUACGUUGGCUAUAUGAUGAUCUGCUUUGCAGGCAUAAAUUCCCUCUGCUCUCUGCUCUUUGGAAAGAUCUCCCAGUUCACGGGUAGAAAACUUCUAUUUGCAUUAGCUGCAGUUCUGAACACAGGCUGUAUAAUAACAGUACUGCUCUGGAAACCUGAUCCCAAGCAGCUUGCUGUGUUUUUUGUAAUCCCUGGUCUUUGGGGCGUAUCUGAUGCUGUUUGGCAAACACAAACUAAUGCACUUUAUGGCAUUUUAUUUGAGAAAAACAAGGAGGCUGCCUUUGCAAAUUACCGUCUCUGGGAAUCAGUUGGAUUUGUCAUCGCCUUUGCUUACAGCACCAAAUUGCGAGUCUACGUCAAAACGUACAUUGUCCUGUCUGUGCUUGUGCUGUCCAUGGUGACCUACGGAGCGGUGGAAUACCUCGAGGCUAAGAGCUCCCCUGGGACACCUGCUGCUACAAAGAAGGAAAACAGAGGACCCCACUCCCAGGAAACACACAUGUGAUCCAACAGGGUCAGAGUGAUGGAGGGAAAGAGCUGUUUUCAAGAGGAGCAGCCAGACCAUGGGGAACCUCACCAUGAGAAGAGAGCAGGUACAAUGUACAGACCUCAUUACUGGUAAUAGCACAUUCAGAUUCUCUGUGUGAGGCAGACAGCACCAAAGGAAUUGCAGACAAAUGCUCUUCAUGUCCAAGACUAGUGCUGCCUCUGGAAAUAAACUACAUAUAGCUAGCUAAGUUGUUGCCUGCCAUGGAGAUAACUUGAAACUACUUCCUCUCAGUUACUCACCACAGCAGGAGGAUGAGACACCACACGGUGUGACAACAAUAACACAAUUUGUGUGACAAAAAUCCCCAAAUUGUUAUGUCUUUUGAACAGCAACAAACUUCAUGCUACUUUGCUGUCUUUCUUAUAUUUCUGUUCCCAGCCAUCUGGACUCCCCUUCAGACUUCACUGGUGUUGAUUCAUGGCUUUUCACAUGAUGAGCUUUUUUCCAGGUCUCAUACAAUAAAGUAAAAAUCAUUACGUCCUACAGAAAAGAAGGUGACAGGUGGGCUGCCUCACGUGUGUAGCUUUCUCUUACACCUUUGCCUUGUCAGCUCAAAGACAUGCUGUUGAUCUCUCUGUUGGAAAUACAAAUGGCAAAACUAUUGCGGCUGAAGGAUCCUGACAGCCUCCUUUCUGCCCAGCAUGCACAGAUGGAUAUUCUAGGCUGCUGCUGAUUUUCACCCCACACUGCUUCCCUCUCGUAAAGAAACAGAGCAUCGUGUUUCAUUGCAUCUCUGAAUCCUCCUCUGAUUCUCUGUUACAAAGUGAUGUUCAAUGGCAAGUGAAGCAAAGAGGAUUUCUGAGGUCAAUGUCAUGAUGGAAAACUCAUCUGUGUGAAUGUAAUAACUUUUUAUUUGUAACAACAAAGAAGUCAGGAUCCUGCUACAUGAGAUGCUCUACAACCUCAGAACAAAAAGAUGACCCCUACCUAGACACUAUAUAGCUUUUUUUAAAUGUACUUUCUCUUUUUACUUCUGUACUGAGUCUGGUUGGGAUGGAGUUAAUUUUCUUUGUAGCAGCCCAUAUGGU